ACAGCAGCAACAACAACAAGUUGAGUUCGAGCAGAGGGUCGAGGAAGAAGAGUAAAAAAAUUAAAUCAAGGCCGAGGUUACGCAUAAUCACGUUAUUUCUCAGAGGCUCAGGUUCGGUUAUCAAUCUACUGUUACAGUGCUGUCCUAAACACAUUCACGCACAGUACCGGUACCUAUUUUCUCCAACAUGACAAGCCCGAAAGCUGUGGUGAAGAGCGUCGGGCCGAAGCUGGUGCCGUUCUUCAAGACGGCGGCCGUCUACUUCGUGCUCUUCCUGCCGGACACGCACCCGUCGGCGCUCGCGAUGCUCGUCAAGUGCCUGCCCGUCAUCUCGCUCAUCGUCUUCGUGCUGCUGCACGGCAUGAACCUGUUCGGACGUCACGAGGUGACGACGUACUCGCCGCACGCAUCAGUCGCCGGGGGUCCUCGCCGUACACAAGUCGACGCGUGCCCUCGGCGACGCCGCUUGCUCGUCUGGGACGCCUACUUCCUGCACGGCAUGUGGCGUCGCGGGCGGGCGCUAGGCGCUACGCGGUCUGCCCCCGACGGCAGCCUUCCCGCGCGGUUCUCGGGGAUGGCCGGGCCGUGUCAACCCGGCGAUACGGUCCGGCUCGGUGUGCGCCGGCUGGCGUCCUGA